AGGCCCUGCCGCCAUCGCCGCUGAUCGGGCGCCCAGAGAGACACAAGAAGCCACCAUGGCCCCCUUUGCACCCCUGGCCUCCAGCAUCCUCUUGUUGCUGUCGCUGAUAGCCCCCAGCAGGGCCUGCACUUGUGCCCCACCUCACCCUCAGACAGCUUUCUGCAAAUCGGACCUCGUCAUAAGGGCCAAGUUCGUGGGGGCCGCAGAAGUCAACCAGACCACCCUAUACCAGCGUUAUGAGAUCAAGAUGACUAAGAUGUUCAAAGGAUUUGACGCCCUGGGGCAUGCCGCGGACAUCCGGUACGUCUACACCCCCGCUAUGGAAAGCGUCUGCGGAUACUUCCACCAGUCCCAGAACCGCAGCGAGGAGUUUCUCAUCGCGGGACAACUGCGAAACGGGGACUUGCACAUCACCACCUGCAGUUUCCUGGCCUCCUGGCACAGUCUGAGCGCUGCUCAGCGCAAGGGCUUCACCAAGACCUACACUGCUGGCUGUGAGGCGUGCACAGUGUUUCCCUGUUCCUCUAUCCCCUGCAAACUGGAGAAUGACACUCACUGCUUAUGGACAGACCAGCUCCUCCUUGGCUCUGAAAAGGGCUUUCAGAGCCGCCACCUCGCCUGCCUGCCAAGGGAGCCAGGGCUGUGCACCUGGCAGUCCCUGCGGACCCGGGCGGCCUGAAGCCCAGCAUAGCAUUAACCUCCU